AUGCCACAGUGCCCGAUUUGCUCACGAGAAGGAGAUAUCGAAUUUAUAGAGCAGCAUGUGGACACAUGUACCGGACCAGAGACCUCGAGAUCAUCAUCCCAGGUCCAGAUAUCGAGUCUCCUGACGGGGAGGCGACCAAGCAGUGCGAAUACCGCCAGUAGAUCGAACACUUCGGCUGGAACCGGGGAAAUCAUUGAUUUGGACUCAGAUGAUUCUGGCAAGGAUACAAAGAGACGAAAAGUGGUGCCUUCACAAAAAGAAGACAAGCCUGUGCUUGGCCCUACCGACGAGACAGUGGACGUGGGAUUGUUGAGACAACAAGCCAAGAUCCCGCUCGCUGAGCGACUGAGACCAAAGAGCUUGGCUGAGUAUGUUGGCCAAUCACACUUAGUUGGCCCUGGUGGAAUUCUACGUGGUUUCAUAGAGCAUGACCGAAUUCCGUCGAUGAUCCUGUGGGGUCCGCCUGGUGUGGGCAAGACCUCCAUUGCCCGAAUUAUCUCUCAAGUGACCAAAUCGCGUUUUGUCGAACUCAGUGCCACAUCGAGUGGAAUGGCAGAGUGUAGAAAGUGUUUUGAAGAUGCUAAGAACGAAUUGCGGUUGACGAAGCGUCGCACCAUUUUGUUCUGCGACGAGAUUCACAGAUUCAAUAAGAGCCAACAGGAUGUGUUUCUGCCUUAUGUUGAGCGUGGAGAUAUUGUGUUGGUCGGUGCUACAACGGAAAACCCAUCUUUCCAGCUCAACAGCGCAUUGUUAUCUCGGUGCCGAGUUUUCACUCUUAACAAGCUGAAGCCCGAGGAGUUAAACAGAGUGAUUCUCAAGGCUCUGUUGAUGAUCAACCGAGUUCGGAAGUAUGUGAACGCACAGCCCAUGUUGCGCUUGACACGCGAAUCUGUGGAAUACCUUAGCGAUAUUGCGGAUGGGGAUUCUAGAAGUGCUCUUAACCUGCUGGAUUUGACGGAUUCUCAUUAUGCCAAUGGGGAUGAUCCAAGCGCAGGCGACUUGAAGAGCAUUGAGGUCGAUGUCGAGACUUUGAGGUCUAUUCUAAAGCGAACCCACAUGGUAUAUGAUCGGGUUGGUGAUGCUCAUUACGAUACCAUAUCUGCGUUUCACAAGUCUAUCCGUGGAUCCGAUCCUGAUGCCGCCAUGUUCUAUCUUGGGCGAAUGCUCAAGGGCGGAGAAAGCCCACUCUACAUUGCUCGAAGAAUGAUCCGUAUUGCCAGUGAAGACGUGGGUGUGUUGGAUGACUCGUGCUUGCCGUUCGCAAUAGCGACUUAUCAGGCAGUUCAGUUUGUGGGAUUGCCUGAAGCAGAUAUGGCGCUUGUACAUUGUGCUGUGAAACUGGCUCGUGCCAAAAAAAGUGUCCAGAUUUACCGUGCUUGGGGAAAACUCAACCAAAUGCUCGAUAAUGAACCGGCAGUUGCCUCGUCCCCAAUUCCGCUUCAUCUUAGAAAUGCCCCCACAAAACUUAUGAAGGAUUUGGAUUAUGGAAAAAGCUACAAGUAUAACCCAGACUUUCUGGAUGGAAAGGUCAAGCAGGAGUAUCUUCCGGAGGCUUUGCGCGGGUACGAAUUCAUCGAGGAGGCCCACCUUGGCUGGCGCCCAGAUACUGAUCUGUGA